UGUAGUUACAUCAUAAGGAAGAGAACCUUAUUCUUCUUCCUCUGCUGAUAUCGAAACAUUUGCUCGACAGUCCGGGAUCUUUCGCUGAGACAUGGCCCCCAAAACCGCAAAACAGUUGAUUAAAGGCGCGUUGGCGAACCUGUCAAAGGAAAACUUUGAGCUGUUCUGCGACGAGCUUUUGGACCGUGAAGAAGAGCCGCUGGUCAAACGCAACCAGGUGGAGGAUAAAAACUACAUAGUGGUCACAGAUGUCUUGGUUUCAACUUUUACCGGGACCAGGGCUCCUGUAGAGGUUGUAAAGUUAUUGAUAAAGAUCGGCUGCCACAAGGAAGCAGAACAACUCGACAAAGAGAUUAAUGGACAGUCCUCAAACCCCGGUUCCAGUGACACUGUGAGACCCUCAGCCGGAGCAGAAGGUGGCUGCACAGGGGCGGACUUUGUGGAUGAACAUUGGGUCAAGCUGAUCGGUAGAGUGAACGGAAUUCCAUCCAUUUUGGAUGAGCUCCUCGACAAAAAAGUCAUCACACAAGAGGCUUAUGAGGAAAUCUUGGCUAUCCCUACCAAGAGCGAUAGGAUGAGGAAGCUCCUCUCUGGUCCCCUGCGUUCUGCUGGACCUAAGGGCAAAGAAGUCUUCUACAAAAUCCUUGAGAGAACGGAUCCAUAUCUCGUUGAUGAGCUCAAGAAAAAGAAGUGAAUGUUGUGGUGAAAUGUAUCUUUAGACCAAAUAUACAGUCUAACUGGGCCCAAUUUUGUAAUACAAUAACAACGGGGGAAUUUAAUGCUAUGUCUCUGUGGGGGUUUUCUAAAGACGAAAAAGCUUUUUGGCUUUAUGUUUGAACAGCUGUUUCCUCUUAAUGUUACCUUUAAAUUAGUUUAAAUGUGUAUGAGGCGUGGUGCCUCUUCUGCCUGAUCAGUGAGGAUCAUGAUGAGAUGAGUUUUACUUCAAGGUUGAAAACCAGAUUCAUCAAAUGUUUAUCAGACAAUCAGGUAACAAAUGAAUGGAGGUUCUCACCAGACAUGUAAUGAUUUUAUCCAACAAACAACAAACGGAAUGAAAGUCUGUUUUUAGCCGAAUUAUUUUAGUAUGAAUUAAAACAUGCUUUAUCAUAAAUGGUUUUCCAUAAGUGUUGCUUCUAAAGCAUGUUGAACCUUUCAUUUAUGCCAUAUAUAUGCUAUUAAUCACUUUUAUUCUGCCCAAUAACAAUAACUUUACUUUUGGAGGGUCAUUUAAAAUGUUUUAUAUCUGGAAAUCUAUAUACAUUUAUAAUAAAGUCUUAUGAUUGCUAUGUGUGGUUCUGACGUUUUCAGUGAAUGGAGUGUUAAAAAUGUAAUAUAAGGCAAAUAUAAUGCUGUAAUAGAGUUUAGAAACAUUUGUUUAUGUAAUGUUAUAUGAAUGUGAGGAGAGGCAUGCAUUGGUUAUCUAUCUCUCCUUUGUCUGACGUUCAGCACAUGUUACUGAGGUGUUCUGUAUUCAGCGUUUUACUCUUAGAGGAUCUGUAUCCGGCCGGAUGGAAGGAGGCUGAGAGCAGAGUCCUAUUUUAAUGUGGAACUGCAGCGAUUUUACACAUAAAGUCUGUUUACAGGUAUCAGGGUGCAAAGUAGCUGCUGCGUCAGUGCCUUUUGUGGCUCUAGAGGGAGCUGUAGGAUAAAUAAUGGCAGUUUGGGCUAAAGACCACAAGCUCAAAACAGGAAUUUGAGAGGUUGAUUAAUUAUUUUGCAUAAUUUCUGGUAAUUUUCAAUAACUUCACUGUUAUUACGUGUAGUGUGACAAAGAUCACUUCGUACAUCAAUGAGCUCCUCCUGGUUAUACUACAACAGUUAUUUGGGAAGAAUGCGCUUUUGCAUAAUUGUGGAGAAUUUUUAAAGGAAAAAUAUUCAAUAAUUUCUCUUCAAAUUCUGUUCAACCACCAAGGAUCUCGUGUUGAUAAUGCUACAGUACUUAGUUUGGAAAAUCUCAUUUAAUGGUCUUAACUUGUCUUUAAGACUAAAUGUAAUGUCAGCAAUUUCUCCUCAGUCACCAGGAUGCCUCUGAUGAAUAAAA